GGCGGGCAGUGAUGGCGGCGGGUGAUGGGGACGUGAAGCUAGGCACCCUGGGGAGUGGCAGUGAGAGCAGCAGCGACGGCAGCAGCGAGAGCCCCAGCGGCGCGGGAGCGGCAACAGAAGGGGGCGGCUGGGCGGCAGCAGUGUUGGCGCUUUUGACGGGGGGCGGGGAAAUGCUGCUGAACGUGGCGCUGGUGGCGCUGGUGCUGCUGGGGGCCUACCGGCUGUGGGUGCGCUGGGGGCGGCGGGGUCUGGGCGCCGGGGCCGGAGCGGGCGAGGAGAGUCCCGCUGCCUCUCUGCCUCGCAUGAAGAAGCGGGACUUCAGCUUGGAGCAGCUGCGCCAGUACGACGGGUCCCGCACCCAGCGCAUCCUGCUCGCGGUCAAUGGGAAAGUCUUCGACGUGACCAAAGGCAGCAAGUUCUACGGCCCGGCCGGUCCAUAUGGAAUAUUUGCUGGUAGGGAUGCCUCCAGAGGACUGGCGACAUUUUGCCUAGAUAAAGAUGCACUUAAAGAUGAAUAUGAUGAUCUCUCAGACUUGAAUGCUGUACAAAUGGAGAGUGUUCGAGAAUGGGAAAUGCAGUUUAAAGAAAAAUAUGAUUAUGUAGGCAGACUCCUAAAACCAGGGGAAGAACCAUCAGAAUAUACAGAUGAAGAAGAUACCAAGGAUCACAAUAAACAGGAUUGAACUUUGUAAACAACCAAAGUCAGGGGCCUUCAGAACUGCAAUUCUUAUUACUCCCUUUCACAGAAUGUCCAGCAUCUUUGGGUUUGGUUCACCUGCUGCAAAAAACAUUCAACAGAUUGUAUACAAGCUAAAUGAGUCUCACUAUGAAGAUUUGAAUACUAGACAUUAUUUAUGCUGCCAAACUCAUUUAUUGCAGUUUUUUGUAAUGUCUGGUGGGGCUUCAUCAUCCUGAAAAGGAGGAAACGGACUUUUUAAAGAGCAAGAAAGUCACAAGGUUACUUUUUCCUUCCUUGCUUCCUCCCUCCCUCCUACCCUCCUUCCCUCCCUUCCUUCCUCUUUUUUUUUUUUUAAAUCAAAGACAACCAGAUAUGUAUUUGCUACAUAAGUGUACAAAUCUCAAAAACAGCAAGGGAUUCAUGUGCUGUGUUCUUGUUUUAGCUUUGAGGGAAGAGACUUGGGCAGGAGAAGUUGGGGGUGCACAUCAAUUUGAGUAGUUUAGGUUACUGAAACAUUAAAAUGUGAAUUCCCAAACUUUUCUUUUUGGGUUUUGUCAGGGAAAAGAAAAAUACCUUUAUUUCUAAGAAAUUAAGAGAAGGGAUUUCAAGUGGAUCUAAGUCAAAGCUAAUUCCCCAAUAGUAAGAUCAUUUGAAACUAGUUUUUAUCCCUUCCCUUCCCCUAUUGAUCAAAUCAAUAUUAAUUGUGCCUUAUUUCACUUAUAUAGACUUGAAUUAUUUUAGGGAAAGCCCCUAUGUGAAUUCAGAAGUCACUACAAGCAGCAUUGAGACUGAAGUUGGGAUAUUCUCUUGACCGCAAAACCUUGAAGUCAUUCUGUGUAUAUAGAAUGUAAAAGGAAUAUUCAGUGUUACUGCCACAUAUGUUAAUAUACACAAUCUUAAUUAGCAUUGUAAUGGCCAAAUGCAUUCCCUCAUGCUUUUUCUCUUUUAAAAAAAAUUGAAAAACAAAUCAACCCUGUCCCCCAACAGCUGCCUAAUUUUAGGAGUCUGACCCUCACAUCUCAUUGGUGUGGGUGCAUGGGGCCGUAGUAUGGAUGUUGUAUGGGUGUGUCUGAAUGUGUGUGAGAGCGCCUUGGAAGGGACUCUGCAGAUACUGUAAAUACCAGUACCAUUUUAAUAAAGCAUGUACAAUAAACCAAAA